CCCCGCCCCCCAUCAGUAACCGUCCAUGCGAUGAUUCCCACGCCUUCCUGCAUGAAACUAGUACUCUGAGUUCGCCAUGGAUGCUGACGGAUCUCCGUGCGUAGUAUCCGCUCCAAUUGGGAAAAAGCGCGUUCCGAAGGCCUGCAGCGCUUGCCGGCAAUCGAAAGUGCGGUGUGAUGGGAAACGACCGUGCACGAGAUGCAAACGAGCACGUAAACAAUGUGUAUUUUUCGAGAUCCCGAAAGAUCCUACUUCGGAGCGACUAGAAAAUGUCGAAGCCGAGGUACAGCGACUUCGAGCUCAUAUAAAUGAUAUGCACGAACUUGCUCGUGUUCACACACAGCCUGAUCCAAGCGCUCUUGGGGAAGCAACCCAGAGCCAACUACCGGGGCUGGGAAGAGCAUACCCAGGAAUUCCUGUUCCUUCCCCAAGUCAUAUCAGGUCGGAUCCUGGGCCAAUGCCUUCGGUCCUUGGUAUAGCAGACCCUUAUGACCAUCUGUCUCGCGGGCCUAGCUACACAGAAGGUCACCGGGAUGCCCCUAUCAUACCACAAUUACAAGUUGCAGAAGUAGGUAGUACUCGCCCGACUAGGCAGAGGCGGUCCGGGUUCGAUAUUAGGGAGGAACCAAUCUCAGAUUUUAUCAGCAACGACCUGAUGACAGCUGAUGAAGCCAUGUCCUGCUUUAGGACAUUCUUUCAAGGCUGUGAUAGAUAUAUCCCAAUCUUCGACCCAGAGUUCGAUACCUUUUCGUCCGUGCGUACGCGGAGUAGUAUACUUCUGAAUGCUAUCUGUACGAUCGGCAGUCGCGUUGAGACAAAACAUGGAUCCCAAAUGUCCGACCUACUCCACGCGGAACUCAAAAGAUGGAUAAACGUUGUUAUCCAGAACAAAACUUUAAACUGCCUAGAGUCCAUCCAGGCACUGCUUAUCGUAGCAUGUUACUCGACAGAGCGCUCUUUGCUCCUCUCGUUCGCGACCAGAAUGGCGUUGGACUUGAGUCUAGAUGAAGCCUUCGAAGAGCUUAUACUGCGACUAACUAUGAAAGCGGUCGAAGGCGUACCUGACAUUCACAGGACAAAUGAUGAAGAGCGUUCUUUAAUGCAGAAAUCCCGGACUUGGUUUGGUCUGCUUGUUUUGGACCAUAUAUUCCAUGUCGAUGGUGGCAAACCGCCUGGUAUCCGGAUGACGGGCAAUGCGCAUCGAUGUCGCCUUCUGCUUCGUCACGCCACGUCGACAGUUCUAGAUCUGCGUCUUUUCUCCCAGGUUGAGUUGAAUGUCAUACGUGCGAAGAUCAACGAUACGCUAGAUGUCAAAGAAACACUAGAUCGACCGGGCAUUGCCGACUUUGUGCACGAAGCUAAGGUAGAUCUUGACCUCUGGUUUGAUGACUGGCUGCGUAUCAUCGGGAACUCUCCGGCAGCAGAUCAAGAAAGGCCUUUCCUCUUAGCAGCCCUACGCGUUCAAAAAUGCUGGGCUGAGUUAAUCCUCCACUGCAAAGCGCUGCGCUCAAUGGGAGUAGAAAACGUCGCCGCAAUGUCUACCGUCGAACGUAAUAUCCUCCUCCUCGCCAAGUCUAGCGCUCGAAAACACCUCCGCCUAAUAAGCACCGAACCAGACUUCUACCUCGCCAAACUAAAGUACGCCAUGGACUUUGUCUGGGCCAAAUGCGCCUUCUGCUUCCUCCUCCUCCUCAAGCUCUCCCGCCUCCUCCCAGAACGGAAAGAAGAACACCAGGAACUUCUCGACCACGGACACAGACUCCUCGAAGAACUUGUCGGCCUAAACGGGGAAACCAGCGGUAACGGGAGGAUCUACAUGCAGAUCCUGAGACUGAGCAUUGAGAAAUAUGGCCGGAUCUUCCGAGACAAGGAGGCAGGUGGUGGUGAUCAGGUUGCUGCGGCGCCGUUUUGGGAGCAGUUUGAUGCGCAGGCGGAUUUGCAGUCUUUUGUGCCGGAACAGUUUGUUAGGGAGUGGGAUUUUCCGGGCUUGAAUCUGUUUUAUUUUCCGACUGCUUGGCAAGAUUUCUUUGGGGAUUUUUCGUUGGCGGUUUGACUUUCUUUCUUUCAAGUUUACUCAGUGUCUGGAAGGGGUGUCUCCGGGUACUCUUUAUUUAUCCGUGAUCCUUGCAGCUAAUAUGCCCCUGAUAUCAUUUUC